AUGGAUCUAUACUGGGAAGGGUUGACGAGGAACAUGUUCCACUGCUGGAUGUUACUCCUUCUCUCCCAAGGAUUUGUAUUCAACAACGUCCAAGGGGAACUUCCUUUCAUGUUGGGGAACAACGCUGCAAUGCUGGUCAACUUGAAUGCUGUUGACGGAAACAAGAAGUUGUUCGCCAUCUAUGACACCAGCGUCAACGAACCGGGCAACAUGUCCAUCGUGAAGGAAACGGUGGAUAAACUACUGAAGGGGUACGACAUCCGACUGAGACCGGACUUUGGAGGCCCCCCAGUUGCAGUCGGCAUGAGUAUAGAUGUGGCCAGCAUAGACAUGGUGUCAGAAGUCAACAUGGACUACACGCUGACCAUGUAUUUCCAGCAGUACUGGAGGGACAAGCGUCUAGCCUACAUAGGAAUCCCACUGAACUUGACUCUGGACAACAGGGUUGCAGACCAGCUGUGGGUCCCAGACACCUACUUCCUCAAUGACAAGAAGUCUUUUGUUCAUGGAGUCACAGUCAAAAAUCGCAUGAUUCGCCUUCACCCAGACGGGACUGUCCUAUACGGGCUCAGGAUAACAACAACAGCUGCUUGCAUGAUGGACCUCAGGAGGUAUCCCCUGGAUGAGCAGAACUGCACUCUGGAGAUAGAGAGCUAUGGCUACACCACAGAUGACAUCGAGUUCUACUGGAAGGGAGGCGAGUCGGCCGUAACCGGGGUGACGCGCAUCGAGCUGCCGCAGUUCUCCAUUGUUGACUACAAACUCGUUUCCAGAAAUGUAGUCUUUUCCACAGGUGCCUAUCCUCGACUGUCUUUGAGCUUCAAGCUGAAGAGGAACAUCGGCUACUUCAUUUUGCAGACGUACAUGCCAUCCAUCCUGAUCACCAUCCUAUCCUGGGUAUCCUUCUGGAUAAACUAUGAUGCAUCCGCAGCCAGGGUGGCUCUUGGAAUCACCACGGUGCUGACCAUGACCACCAUCAACACACACCUGAGGGAGACGCUACCCAAGAUCCCAUACGUCAAGGCCAUCGACAUGUACCUAAUGGGAUGCUUUGUCAUGGUCUUCCUGGCCCUUCUUGAAUACGCCUUUGUCAACUACAUCUUCUUCGGGAGGGGCCCUCAGAUGCAGAAGAAGUUGGCGGAGAAAGCAGAGAAGGCCAACAAUGAGCGAGCGGCCAAGUACGAUGCAGCGAGGGAGGCAGGUAGUAGGACCGCGUCCCUAAAACGGUCCAAUCAGGUUAAAGGUCUUCGCCACUCACGCUCGGCGGAACCGCAUGGUCAUGGAAACAUCCUGCUGACAACCUUAGAGAUCCACAACGAAGUUGCAGGAGGUGAGAUCACCACCAGCGUGGCGGACAUUAGAAACUCUCAGUCCAUGGUACAGUUGGACAGCACGGCGUCGUCAAACAUCCAAUACCGCAAGCAGAGCGGUGGGGUAGGGCCACGCUCCGCCAGCCGCCACUCUCUGGACCGCUCUGCCCAGAUGAAGCGGAGCCGACUACGGAGGCGGUCCUCCCAGCUCAAAAUUAAAAUCCCCGACCUGACGGACGUGAACGCCAUUGACCGCUGGUCUCGCAUCAUCUUCCCGUCCGUUUUCUCGCUGUUCAACCUCAUCUACUGGCUCUACUAUGUCUGAUCAGAUCUGUUUUUUUGGUGUUUGUCGUUGUUUGACUUUGACUUUCAUUUCAUUUGUUCAUUUCGUUUUCUUCUCUCUUGCUUUUAUACGUGAUGGAGAAUCUGUCGAGUCAAAGACUGCAACACAGCAAGAUAAAAGAGAAAAACUGAUCUAACAAAGACUACUAUGUUUUGGACCAAGUUCUCAUUGAAAUAGUUUUUUUAUAUAUAUAUAUAUAUAUAUAUUUGGAGUCUUUGAAUCCCGAACGCUGAGGUCUUUUUAUUUUUGAGAGUAUGUACUGUAAUUUGGAUUUGUGACAGUUUUUUCCCCCCAUUCGUCACCCUUAUUGAUUACAUGUAAAUACCAAAAUACAAAGCCAGCAAGUUUUAAAAAAUAUUAUUUUAAAAAUCAAUGCAGAAGCAGUUAGGUCAAGAUUUUUUAACUAAAAGUUGAUCGGGUGUAGGCAAUAUCUACAAUAAAUCCAUUAAAGUGGUAUGCUAUGCAUUUUUAAUGUACUUAGGCAUUGUUGAACCGGCAAAACUCUUACAGAAACAGAGUAACGUGUAUUUAUAGUGUUUAUAAUACUCUUGUCUACAAUUUAUUAUAUGUUGAUCUGGUAAGCAAAAUAAUUUUAAUCCUUCAGGAUGAUUUUUGUCUCAGGUUCUCAAUUUUUGAGUUUGUUGGGGACAAAAAAAAAGAAAAUAAGCACAAUUUAUGAAUAAAACUGCCGUUUUUUCCAAUUUCACAGCAAAACUUUAUGUGACUGCAUGACAAAAUUGCACUCAGAUUUUCAAUAGUUCUUCGCAAAGCGCUUUUUAUUUUCUAUUUGAAACAACUGCCAAUGGCCCUAUUGGGCAAAAUAGUUACUGUUUUACCCAUAAAAUAUUAUGAUAUUUUUGUACUCCUUGUCUUCAGGUAUUUAUUUGAUUUCCUGACCUGUGUUGUUUUAUGGAAGAACAGUUCUUUUAUUGUGACAGUAUGGUGGAAUUACUUAAUUUUUUUGUACAUAGGUGUGUAUAUAUGUCUAUACAUACACUAUGUGUUCAACCCAAAAAUGAAAAUAAUAAUUUUGUGAUUGUCACUGACUCCCAAUAGUCAGAUUAUUUCAUGGGGAGAGAUGGGGAUUAAUGUCCCAAGUCAAGCAUCUUAUCCAUUUCAGAGCAUGUCUGAGCACUAUGAAUACGUUCCUAACUUAGAGCAUCCUUCACAAAUACCGAAAGCUCUAUAAGCAUCUUUAAAAACACUUUAAAAUAAAUGCAUAUUUUGUUGUUUCACAGUAAAACUUGGAAAAAGAAAAUGCAUCCUUUAAAAUGAGUACAUUUGAAUACAUCUGUGGAGUUCCUAAUAGUUCUUUUUCACUUUUUACCAAAAUCAGUUGCUACACUUCUUGAUAUUGUUAAUUUUAACACUGUACAAGCACCUUUGGCCAGUUUCCUGUCUGUUAGUGCAUGUGGAGCAGAGGAACCACAAGGUUUCAUAGUGUUUGUGUUAUGAACAAACACUAUGUGGUAAGGUGUGCCAUUGCACUCAUUAGAACAGCCUCCAUGAAAAUCUUAACAUAUUUAAAUGAAUGCUGCCGGUGCCAUAUUAAGCCACGCCUCUUUAGUUCCACCAGCCCAGCUGAACGCUCUGAAAGCACACAAUUCCUGUGAUCUCGACGGAUUGACUUGGAACAAAAGACGCAAUUACUCAUAAUACGGGGCUCAUAUUUGUGUGUUUAUUGCAGAAUUAUGAUUUAAUUGGACCAUAGCUCACAUACCCAUUUUUUGAAACCUCUAUUCUGUCCUAUUCUGUUACUUUUUAGGACCCGUAAACAAACCAUUUCAUUACCGUCUACUUAUUCCAAGCUGGUUCAAGACAUCGACUUUGCAAGUACAUAUCAACACAUGGUCUGUAAGAAAUGGCAGAGGCGAAACGACCGGAUUUGCACACUCUGUAAAUGUACUCCAGUUAAAGGUUGGAUUUUUGUAAAGUUAUUACUUUAAGAUUAGGAAACUGCAAAAAAAAGAUUGCACACAUCUUUACCGCGGGUACCAGAAGGCAUGGCAUGCCACUGUAUCAGCCGACCAUGCUGAAGUUCUACUCCAGUUACUGUAUGUACUGAAAAGUGAGCUUUGCAUUUCUGUUGCUAAGUGACGCCAAUGGAUUUCACAGAACGUGAAGCUCGCCCGUGAUAACCAGUCUGUCGGGUAAUUUUAAGCACAUACUAGCAUUGAAUGUAUCAGAUCCAUUCUUCAGGGAGAGGAUAAUGAGCCAUGGUCAUCGUUUCUCCAUUAGAAUGUAACCCACCCCUUCUGACUUUGCAAGUGAUUAGUAAAAAUGAGGGCAGGAACUAGUUUUGCAUGUGUUGGAUGAGAAAAAUAGGCAUGGAAAUGUCAAGAUUGAAAAGUUUCUGUACGCCAUUUGUUUUCUGCGCUGCUUGCUGAGCUCUGGACAAAAUGUCAACGUGUAAUAGUUUUGUGGCUAAAAAUGGCUUCCCUGUCUUGAUUCUUUCUGACCAACUGUGUAUGAUUCCACAGAGGGUCGCAAAGCAAUCAGUUACAAUCUGGUUGUGCACGUUCACGGCAUUCCUGUUCAUACAUUCGCUUUGUGCAUGUACGAGAAUACGUGUUCAUGAAAAGAAAACAACAAAAAAACGCAAAAAUACUUGAGAACAGUGAGUUUGGGCACAAAGAAAAAAUUAUUGUAACAUGUACAGUCUAGAAUAUAACAAACAAGUGAAUGUAUAGUACUUGGAUUGUCACAGCACAAAUGAAAUUUGAUUUCUGGGCCCUAAAUGACUGUAUAAGAGUUGCAUUUUCUACUGUGUAGAGGGGGAAUAGGAAGAACACAUACCAAUGAAGUAAUUGGUUAAAAGUGUGUCAUGAGGAGUUUUUCAUUUUUUGCAUCAAUUUGGCCAGACAAAACAUUUUAAGAUCUCAAGGAGUCACACAAAAGCUCUGCUUCUCUAGUCACCAGAUUGCAUUCCAAUAGACUCCCAUUUAUUUGGGAAUCGGAAAAACGUCCGUUGACUUUGUGUGAGAUCUGACUACCUCUUAAAUUUGAUACUACAAAAGAAGAUUCUUGACUAUGUUUUAUUGCACAAAUCCCUUUUUAUGUCCAAGGUUGUAAAAUUCCUAGAAUAAAUUAGUCCAAAGACAUUUCAGUCUUCAUUCUAGAAAAACAAAGCUAAACAAUUUUGCUGUCCAUGUAGAAAAAAAAAGAUCUUCCAGGCAGAAAGGCUUCUUCGAUUUAAACUACUGCUUUUGGGUUGUGUGUUGAGAUUUAAAAAUGAGUUGUACGAGUUCUAAAUUUAUCAAAAUACAAAGUGAAAUUGUGACUUUAUAAGCUCCACUCUAGAAACUUGUUUAUUAUGCAUGCAGCAUCCCUUAACUUGGAGCGACUUCCAGAAGAUCUUUUUAGCAAUCUCGCUGACAACAGCUGCCAACUGCUGCCAACUGCUCAUUCUAGAGAUUACUCUAUGCCACGUGAGCCUACAAUAAUAAGGAAAAAACAAUAAAAAACAAAAAAAAGAAAAAAGACAAAAAAAGAACAGCCAUCAAACACUUCAAGUUGUUGUAUGGCCUUGGUCCCAUAAUGGAAUGUGAAAUGUUCUGUGCUGCCACAAACUGUAUGUAGGCUUAGAUUUAUACUAUAUAUCUGUAUGUUUCUCCUUUUUCAAUAGAGUACCAUGUUAUACCAUGAAAUAAAUGAUAUACAUUGUA